AUGAGCGUCUCAAGAACCGUCCUCACACGCACUCUGUGUAACCUCACAAGACCACAACAGUCCUCACACACCUCAGCCUUCUUUACACCCGUAAGAUUCGGCGGAGCCCUCAUACAAGCGCGCAACAUGGCCUCCUUCCCUAAGAUCAAGGUCAAGAACCCGGUGGUGGAGCUGGACGGCGACGAAAUGACCCGGAUCAUCUGGAAGGACAUAAAGGACAAGUUCAUCUACCCGUACCUGGACAUCGACUUGAAGUACUACGACUUGGGACUGGAAUACAGAGACGAGACGAACGACCAGGUCACCAUUGAUUCUGCGGAGGCAAUUAAGAAGUACUCGGUCGGUGUCAAGUGCGCAACCAUCACGCCAGACGAGGCCCGGGUCAAGGAAUUUAACCUCAAGAAGAUGUGGCUUUCUCCCAACGGAACUAUUCGAAAUUCCCUCGGCGGCACAGUUUUCAGGGAACCGAUCGUCAUCCCCCGCAUCCCCCGCCUCGUGCCCGGCUGGAAAAAACCUAUUAUCAUCGGCCGCCACGCCUUCGGUGACCAAUACCGCGCAAAAGACCGGGUCAUCCCAGGAAAUGGUACUCUCAAAAUGGUCUUCACGCCCGAGGGUGGUAAGCCCGAGGAAAUCGAGGUCUACCAGUUCAAGAAUGGUGGCGGGGUAGCGCAAACACAAUACAACACUGACGAGUCUAUCGAGGGUUUCGCACACGCCAGUUUCAAGCUUGCGAUCUCGAAGAGCUUGCCGCUGUAUAUGAGCACCAAGAACACGAUCUUGAAGAAGUACGACGGACGCUUCAAGGACAUCUUCGAGGAGAUCUAUCAGUCGACGUACAAGAAGGAAUUCGAGGAGAAGAAGAUCUGGUACGAGCAUAGACUUAUUGACGAUAUGGUUGCGCAGAUGAUGAAGAGUUCGGGGGGGUACAUUAUGGCUCUGAAGAAUUACGAUGGAGACGUCCAAUCCGACAUUGUUGCUCAAGGCUUCGGCUCGCUUGGUCUCAUGACCUCCGUCCUCAUCACCCCAGACGGCAAAACCUUCGAGUCGGAAGCCGCCCAUGGCACCGUCACUCGCCACUACCGCGAGCACCAAAAGGGCAAAGAGACAUCCACCAACCCCAUCGCCUCCAUAUUCGCUUGGACCCGUGGUCUCAUUCAGCGCGGAAAGUUGGACGGCACACCCGAUGUCGUGGCGUUCGCGGAGAGUCUAGAGCAGGCAUGUAUCGACACAGUCGAUGUUGAUGGUAUCAUGACGAAGGAUUUGGCACUGGCGUGCGGCAAGACCAGUCGCGAUGAUUACGUGACGACGACAGAGUACAUGAAUGCAGUGGAAAGGAGGAUGAAGAGCUUGCUGAAGCAGAAGCUGUAG